AUGAAAAGAUACAAAUCAAAGUUGGAUCGACGUCUUGGAGUCUGUAUUUUUCUGUGUUUCGUUACGAUAGCUUGUAUUCUGUGCAUUUAUGGUUUGAUGCACAAAUCUGUUAAUGAUGAACUUACAAUUUAUGUUAAUCGAACUCAUCAAAUUGCUAAGGAAUUGAAACAUGCAAUGCACGAGAGCUAUCCAAGAGACAACCACAGUAUUCCAGAUUUGGAUGGGAAACGAUGGAUGACUGUCGAAGAGCUGGAGUACGACGCCGAGUUGCUUCGGCAGACAAACUCAUCGAUAUGGACACUAUUUUGGUGGAACAUUGUUCUGGCUGCUUUUCUCCUCCCAAUUCUUGCCCUCGUUCACUGUGACGUUGUUGAGGGGAACUUGGCGAAGCUCAUCUACAGGGGUAUCCUAGUUGGAUGUCUGAUUUUCUGUAUCGCUCAGCUACUGUAUCUGAUACACCCUCUUUUAUGGGGAGCAGCAAAGUUCCCAGGGAUGGUGGAUCGACUAUUUACGGAAGCGUAUCCUAGAGAUGAGUACCAUAUCAACGGAAUCAAGGAACGAUUCGCUUGUGAAUUCGAAACUAACGAAAUGCUCGUGCGUUUCGACCUCCAGCAACCCUGUAUACCAAAGCUGAAAAACUCGCUUCUGCCUGCGUACAUGGUGAUUUUGCUGAUAUUCAUCGAUAUCCUUCCAUUCCUAUACGCUGCCUUUAUCUAUGCAUGGGAUGCUUGGAUCAAGAACAGCAAAAUGUUCAGAAAUGCUCGAAAGAGAGUGGAAUUGAAUAAUUCAAGAAGGGUUCCUUUUCCAAAACAUAACGACUACAAACCACCUCAGCAACAAACACCAAAGUUGGUAGAACUAUGA